UCAGAGUAUAUUGGGUCCUGAGAUAUUCUCUAUUAAUUACGCUGGUAUACGUGUGUGUCCACUUUUUACAGGAACAAAAUUUGUGUGAGUUCCUGAUAUGGCGAAGUCCUAGACGUGAUCAAGGCUUAGCAUUUAGACAAAAAUAAUUUCUUGUCAAAUUUGUUCACGGGAAUCGCUUCACUGCGAUUCAGUUUAAAAUUAAAUAACGAAGUGCAGCGUGUCCAACAUGAGCGAUGUCCGAGUGUAUAUAAUGAUGAUGACAGACCGAGCGGAGUUUGCUUUACGGUUCCUCGUGCCAUGCAUGCAUGCCACAGCACAUGCCAUUACACAUCUCACCGUAUUCAAAAAUCAGGUGACCUAUAUGAGUAUUGACCCCAACUAUUACGAGAGUCUUCCCACGUGCUUCUCCAUAUUGAUGCCACUGCGUUCAGUAAAUACCUAUCGGGUAAGUUUUCUCAUAACGGGAUCGUUGGCGAGCAUUGGCUUAUCGUGCUGGUUUUUCAUAGAGGCCUCUACACUCGAUCGGCCCAAAGUUCCUUUAAGUUUAGGCUACUGGCUAUUUGCUGAAGUUAUGUUUUGGAUGACUCGACAUUUUGAAAUACGCUAUUUGGAAGAGAGAGAAAAUUCAAAGGCGUCCAUAGUGAACAUGGCUAACUGCGUGCUGGCAAUGAACGUUAUUGAGAAGUCUUCGUCGACAAUUGUAGCCGUCCUCGUUAAACCGUUUAUUGUACGCAACGUUAUUCAUGCUUUACUGCAUAUGUGAAGCAAAUUUUGCCGAGGUUCUGACAGAACUCUCAAAGCUGUGACUCAGAAAUGGUUAAGUUGCCACAGUUUAAAUUAAAUCAAUGCGCUGCCUUGUUUUCGCUCGAUCAAGACAUUGCCUGCAAUAUAAUA